AUGAAGUUGCGACGGGAGCAAGGGGCGCACUUGCUGCCGACUCCCGCGGGGCGGGCAGGAACGGUCAGGCGAGUGCUGCGGGGCGGGACGUGCUUCUGGUACUCGGUGGUGGGGGUGCUGGUGGCCUGCCAGCUCGUCGCCGCCUACAUCUACUUCUUCUCGGCCCCCUCACUUCACCCGGUCAAGUCGCCACCACACGUGCCACCACUGACACGGGCACACUCGCAAACGUGGGCAGCUCGGGCACCACCAGGCCGGGUGGUGGAGCCCUCGGUGGCCGACGCAUCGGGGCUGGGGCCGCAGGCGGGGGAGGGCGAUCAGCUGCAUCCGCACCUGGACGUGGGCAAUGAGCGCUAUGUGACUCCUCACUCACCUCCCGAGCGGCUGCAGCCCAAGCGCAUCAACGAGUGCAGCAAGGGAGAGGCGAUCGGCAUGUGCGCACAGGACCCGCGCAUAGCAUAUGCGGCCGAGUUCGUGUACCCAACUUGGGUCAUACCGAUGCCCAAGUUCAUCCGCAAGGAACACGAGACCCUCUUCUUCGAGCUGCAACAGGUCCAGGGCUACAUGAAACAGCACGACUCCAGGGACUGCCAGAACACGAACUGCCGGGGAGUGGACUUCCCGCCCUCGGAGCGGCUCGUCUUCCACGGUGAGCAGUUCACCUACGGCCACGUGGUCUCCGUCAGCAACGGCCUCUACGCCGGGCGACCGUCUUCGGCCUUCUCAGGCCCUUAUGAGUGCGAGUGGCCCGCCAGCUACACCAUGCUCUAUCCACCUGCGAACCAGGUGCUCAAGCCGAGAUACGAGAAGGUGGCCGUGUUUGUUGGGCCGCAAUACAAGUCCUUUCAGCACUUUAUCGACCGAUUGAUGCCGGACAUAGCGCAAGCGUGGGACCUGGUGUCGACCGACUACUCGUGGCUCAUAGCGAGCCAGCCUGCGGGUACUGACACUCGGGGCGAAAUAUGGCAACACCUGUUCGGGCGACAUGGGCGGGUGUGGCCCUCUGAAAACGGGACCGUGUCUGCCGAACAGAUGCUCUACACCUGCCGCGUGCCCCGAUUUCAUCCCUGGAUUUGGCAAAGAAUGCGCGACAUUCUGGGUGUGGUCCAUGUGCCCAUACAGCAGCGGACGAAGAUCGUCUACCUCCCGCGCGGGCGGACCCGCAAGGUGUUGAACGAAGAGGCGCUGGUGACGGCGAUGCGCGCAUUCGUGGCGAGCAGGGGCGUGCCGGGAGAAGAGUUGGUCGUCUUCAACCACAAGGAGUUUCCCGGCUUCCUUGCCACGCGAGACUUUUUCAAUCACCAAGUCAAGGCCGUCAUCGGCCCACACGGGGGAGCGUUCUACAACAUAAACUUCUCUCCGCGCGAUACCCUCGUUGUCGAGUUCUUCCCGGUCAAGCCCUACGUCAAGACUGCGCUUCGCUGGCCCGAGGGCACCUGGUGGCAAGCGGCCUGCCUCCAGCACAACUACUACAUGAUACCCAUCGAAUCGCCGGAUGGCCGAGGAGACGUGACGGUCAACGUGCCAGAGAUCAUAGACAUCCUGCGCAAAGAACUGCCUCUCCCGUCCACCACAGAUGUCAAGGCACGCGCCGACCUAAGGUAG